AUUCCGAUCGGACUCGACUGAAAAGUAUAACCUUUGACAACUUUUCUUGCAUCCUCACCCUCAAAUCUCAAAUCAACCAAAAUGGAGGCUCUUACCAACAAGUUUCAGAAUGUUCUCGAUAGCGUUAGUGGCGCUACGACCGGAGCGUACAGUGGAAAAUCUGCACUUCUACUUGGUGCCGGCUUUGUCACUCGACCAACUGUAGAGGUUCUCGCAAAGUCGGGCGUCAAGGUCACUGUCGCCUGCAGGACUCUUGAGAAGGCUCAGGCCUUGGCCAAGGGCAUUCCCAACACCCAGGCGAUCAGCCUCGAUGUCAACAACGCUGAAGCCCUCGAUGCUGAAGUCGCAAAGGUCGAUGUCGUUAUCAGCUUGAUCCCGUACACCUACCACGCAACCGUCAUCAAGUCCGCCAUCCGCAAGAAGAAGGAUGUCGUUACCACCUCGUAUGUCUCGCCCGCAAUGAUGGAGCUUGACGCAGCUGCAAAGGAGGCCGGCAUCACCGUGUUCAACGAGAUUGGUGUUGACCCGGGCGUCGACCAUCUCUCUGCCGUGCUCGUCAUCGACGAGGUACACAAGGCCGGAGGCAAGAUCCUGUCGUUCAAGUCCUACUGCGGUGGUCUUCCUGCACCUGAGGCCUCAGAUAACCCCCUUGGAUACAAGUUCUCGUGGAGCUCGCGUGGUGUGUUGCUGGCACUGAGGAAUCAGGCCAAGUUCUACGAGGACGGCAAGAUCAAGGAGGUUGAGGGCCCGGAGCUCAUGGCUGAGGCAAAGCCGUACUUCAUUUACCCUGGCUAUGCUUUCGUGGCCUACCCCAACCGCGACUCAACACCCUACAAGGAGCGCUACAAUAUCCCCGAGGCUCAGACUAUCAUCCGCGGUACUCUGCGGUACCAGGGCUUCCCUGAGUACAUCAAGUGCUUAGUCGACAUUGGCUUCCUAUCCGAGGACCCCAAGGACUUCCUCAAGGAGGGAGAGAAGCGCACCUGGAGGGACGCGACUGCGAAGGUAGUUGGUGCAACCAGCGACAAGGAUGAGGACAUCAUCUGGGCCAUUGCCUCGAAGACCAAGUUCGCCAGCACCGAAGAGAAGGAGCGCAUCAUCACAGGUCUCCGCUGGAUCGGUCUCCUCUCCGACGAGCCCAUCAUCCCACGUGGCAACCCGCUCGACACACUCUGCGCUACUCUCGAGAAGAAGAUGCAGUAUGAGGAGGGCGAGCGCGACUUUAUCAUGUUGCAGCACAAGUUUGAAAUCGAGAACAAGGACGGCAGCAGGGUAACGCGCACAUCAACUUUGGCAGAGUACGGUGACCCUAAGGGCUACUCGGCGAUGGCCAAGUUAGUUGGCGUGCCGUGCGCCGUUGCAGUACAACAAGUUCUUGAUGGAACACUCAGCGAGAAGGGUGUUCUAGCGCCUAUGAGCCCCGAAAUCUGCAGGCCGUUGUUGAAGACGCUGGAGGAGAAGUAUGGGGUCCACUUCACAGACAAGACCGUUCCAGCAUAAAUCCGGGUGCGAGGUAUGCUACCGCAAGCUUAGAGUAAAGGUGCCUGGGCUAUGACAUGUAAACAAAAGAAUACAAGAUAAUAACUCAAU